AUGUAUGAUCCAUGUGGCCACCUUAAUAAUACAUCUCCGUGGAUGAAAGAGGGUGAGUGUACUAAGCAUUUUCCUAAGCAGGUUAAUGACGGAACCGUUAUAAAUGUCGACGGUUAUCCCAUAUGGGUUGUGCCUUAUAACCCUUUCCUAUGUAAAAAAUAUAUGGCACAUAUAACCUUGGAAGAGUGUGUGCCAAUUAAAAGUGUUAGGUAUUUGUAUAAAUAUAUUUACAAAGGUUGUGAUACUGCCCACAUAGAAAUCAAUGAGCGCAUCGAUCACGAUAAAGUAACAACAAUCUUAGAUGCUAGAUAUGUAUCGGCACCUGAAGCAACUUGGCGUUCCUGCGAAUUUCCAAAGCAUACUUAA